UUGAUUCUUUACCACGAUGAGGAGCAGAAAACUAUAGCCGAGAAGUCACGUGUUCAUGAACAGAGAGAACGUGGCGAGCACCUGACGACAACAAUCAAGGCCUUUGAAAAGUUCUAUCCAGCAGAAGAUUAUCACCAAAAAUAUCGUUUGAGAUUGCAUCCCUGGCUGUUGGAGUCCCUCGGCAUCACCUCGGACGAGGUCAUAAAAACUUCUCCCCUAGCUGCUAAACUCAACGGGUACGUAGCCGGGGCUGCGACCCUGGAGCAGUUCGAGAGUGAUGAUCUCUGUCAGAAUCUCAAUGAGAAACAGUAUCAGUAUUUGAAGGAGUGCGUUAUCAAGACUCAGGGCACUGGACUCUACUGCUAGCCCAUUAUAAUUACAAAAAAAAUCCAUGGAUUUCAUUCAUCAUAGAAUUUCAAAUCUCAAUUGGUCAUCAUUUAAUGAGACAGAGAGAAAGUUAUUAUUUGAAGGACAAAUCAGGUUGACGUUAUCCAUUCCAGAAGAUUUCUCUUUAUUUUCAAGAUGAUUGAUUUGCCUCCAACAUUAAGUUGGAGAUCUGACUAACGUGGAGCCUGGAGUUCUGCGUUUUCUGGUCGUCACAUCGUCAAUGAAAAUUGUUCGAUUCUAUUUGUCUUUAAUAUUUUUUAUCUCAACGAGGAACAAUAUCAGUAUUUGAAUAUUUGCUAGCCCGUUACAAUGGCAAAACAAAUCCAUGGAUUUCAUUUAUCAUAGAAUUUGAAAUUAAAACUCAUCGCCAUUUAAUGAGACGCAGAGAGAAAGAUUUCUUAUUUGAGAAGUAAAUUCACAGACUUCAAGUAUUUUUUUUUUCUCUGCAGCAGAAUUCAGUAUCAUCUAAUUUCAUUGUCAUAUUUUAAUUUAGUCUAAUUGAAGUAUUUCGAGAUAAUGAUCAUAUUUACGGAUUAAUGAAGCCUUUAGAAUAUUGUUAGCUCACGCAUUUGUACAUCACUUUAUGAAUAAAUUCUACAAUAAAAAA